UUAUUGCUAUGUCUACUGUUCUCUGAGACGUUGUCCGUUCAAACGGUUUAGACAAUUGAAAUGCUAGAGAAAAAAGAGAAAGUUCUUCUGAAGAAGGCUGCUGCUGAAGUUGAAAAGGCCAAGGAGUUUACAAGAGCCAAAAACAAACGAGCUGCGAUACAAUGUUUGAAGAGGAAGAAGCUUUAUGAACAGCAAAUCGAGCAGCUAGGAAAUUUUCAAUUAAGAAUUCACGAUCAGAUGAUAAUGUUAGAAGGUGCCAAAGCUACAACUGAAACUGUUGAUGCUUUGAGAACCGGAGCAUCAGCAAUGAAGGCUAUGCAGAAAGCAACCAACAUUGAUGAUGUUGACAAGACUAUGGAUGAAAUCAAUGAGCAGACCGAGAAUAUGAAACAGAUUCAGGAAGCACUCUCUGCUCCUAUUGGUUCUGCAGCUGAUUUUGAUGAGGAUGAACUUGAAGCAGAACUUGAGGAAUUGGAGGGAGCUGAGUUGGAGGCACAACUUCUUACACCGGCUACAACAGCUCCUGCUGCCCCAGUUCACAGUGUUCCAUCUGGCAAGCAACCACUCCGUCCUGCUGCUCAUAAGAAUACAGCUGAAGAAGAUGAGCUUGCAGCACUGCAAGCGGAAAUGGCUUUGUAAUAAGGUUGUGAUUAUCAUGUAGAGAUGAUUUGUGCACUUGGAAUUUAGGAAUCCUUAACCUGGCCCUAUUGGUGCAGCAGCUCAAUAAUAUCUGUUACUUUGUUCAAUGUCUUAUUGUAGGCUGACGGUGAGGAUUGAACUAUGCCCUAAUUAUACCUUUUAUGAAUAACAAUCUUGUAUUUAUGAUAUAAUAUUGAUGAACAUAGGCUUUACUGUAUCAGCUUAUGUUUGGUUUAUGUGAAUGGAUGCCUUUACAUUACUGGUGCUGGAUAUAUUAUUUUA